AUGGAGCCGACCACUGACAGUGAUACCCUCAGCGUUGGUGACCAACAUCGCGGUGGUGCGGGAUCCAUCAUGAUGCCGAACGCUACAGGUACUGCCGUAACGAACCCAUUCGAGGAACCCCAACGCCGGAUCAGUGAAUACACAGCGCAAGAAAUCGCAACACUACAAGCCCGCCUCGAUAAAAAACUGGGACCCGAAUACAUUUCUGCACGCCCUGGUGCUGCGGGGCAGAAAGUACACUAUCUCUCCGCAGAUAAGUGUAUCAACCUCGCGAAUGAGGUGUUUGGAUUCAAUGGCUGGUCUAGCUCGAUCCAGCUCGUUCAGAUUGACUUUGUUGAGGAGAGUCCAAACACAGGCAAGGUCAGCCUGGGUCUUUCGGUGAUCAUGAGGGUCACUCUGAGAGAUGGGACCUUCCAUGAGGAUAUUGGCUACGGACACAUCGAGAACUGCAAGGGCAAGGCCGCAGCUUUUGAGAAAGCCAAGAAAGAAGGCACAACGGACGCAUUGAAACGCGCAUUGAGAAACUUUGGCAAUGUGUUGGGUAAUUGUAUCUAUGACAAAGACUAUGUGUCCAAGGUGACCAAGGUCAAAGCAGUGCCUGGAAAAUGGGAUGUUGACGACCUUCAUCGCCACCCGGAUUUCGCACCACCUGCUAAGAAACAACCUCCUCCACCCAAACGUGCAGCGGAAGAGGACGAUUUACCCCUUCCCCGUCCUAUACACCAAGCGAGAAGCACUAAUCCAGGGAAUACCGCUUCAUUCGAAGGGGAUGGAGAGUUUGGCAGUGAUCUUUUUGACGAGGCUGAUUUUGGUGUGGCUGAGACUGAAACAGGGAAUCCUGAUGAGAUCGUCAUUGAUACAGGGACCCUUCGACAACAACAACCCAAUAUACUAAACAACGGCCCAGUACCUCAACGAGGACCGCCGGUUCGAUCAGCAUUCAAUGCCGCCGUUGUAACACCCUCAAAACCAGAGCGUUGGAACGGUUCCGGCCCAACAGCCCGUCCCAAUCCAGUGAACCUGCGCCAGAACCAAUCAGGGAUCCCACCCCCAGGUGCAGUACAAGGACGCGCAGUGACCGCGCAAGGUCCUGUCCAAAACCUCGCAAACCAGAGACCGUCAGUUCCACCACAGCAAUCUGUUGGUCAGAAUGCUCCACAAAACAAUAUUGCCCAGCCUCCGGUGAAAAAGGAACCGGCUUCUGUAGGGUUUCAGGGGAACCAAGAAAUGGUUCCACCGCCAGGGACCCCAUCAGGGGGGUUCUAUUCCGCCAGGGCCGUUGAUCUUCUCCGCGAAAAUCCAAAUUCAGUCCCUUCGGGGGCACCCCAGUUUGACCCACACGCUGAAAGUCCAUCCAUCCGCAAGACAGCUGGUGUAGACCAUACCAAGAGCGUCCCUAUCUCUAGGCCCAUGCUGUCGGGGGGUGCCUCUCCAGCACCUAACAACACGGUGAACAACAUUACACGCGAUUACAUAAAUCCCGCAACUGAUCUGCAGCGGAGAGUCGGUGCUCCUGGUGGGGGCAUCAGUAGCCCUGCUAGCAGAGGCCCUUCUGUCUCAUCUUACCGACCAUUGACCCGGCCCAACCUUGACCAGAGGAACGUUUCCAACCCAGCUGUGGUAAAUCGAGGCAGUGUUCCACCACAAGCGAAUUUGAACGGCAAACGACCUCCAUUGGUAGAUGUCACUAAUGGUGAUGCUCCUAGUGCAUACCCUGGGGCCCCGGUGUCUGGUCCAAAUGACCCCAAACGCCCCCGGGUCUCGGAUGCUGAUCCGUCUGGACCCUCGCCUGGGCCUCGUCCACCGACCCAGUAA